GAAAUGAAGUGUAUGAUUUAAUUGAAGUAUCUCUACAGACAGAUGUACUAUAUCAGGAUCUUCAGCAACACUUCUAGUCAGAAAAUGUCCACUCUUAAAACUGUCUUUAAAUACAUUGAUGAACACCAGGACCUCUAUGUUCAGCGCCUGGCUGAGUGGGUGGCGAUCCAGAGCGUGUCAGCAUGGCCGGAGAAGAGGGGUGAAAUCAAACGCAUGAUGGAGGUUGCUGCGAGGGAUAUUGAGCGACUGGGAGGCACAACCCAACUUAUGGAUAUUGGGAAACAAAAGCUGCCUGAUGGAUCAAAGAUCCCUCUACCACCAGUUGUUCUGGGAACGCUUGGCACAGAUCCACGCAAAAAGACAGUGUGUGUAUAUGGUCACCUGGAUGUUCAGCCAGCAGUACUAGAGGAUGGCUGGGAUAGUAAGCCCUUCACACUGGUAGAAAGAGACGGAAAGUUGUAUGGGAGAGGAUCAACAGAUGACAAAGGUCCAGUGCUUGCCUGGCUGAAUGCCUUGGAGGCUUAUCAACAAACUAACCAGGACUUACCAGUAAAUAUUAAGUUCUGCCUAGAGGGUAUGGAAGAAUCAGGAUCUGAAGGCCUUGAUGAACUGAUUUUUGCUCAACGAGAUACUUUCUUCAAAGAUGUGGAUUAUGUGUGCAUUUCUGACAACUACUGGCUAGGCAAGAAGAAGCCUUGUAUCACUUAUGGCUUGAGGGGCAUCUGCUACUACUUCAUAGAGGUGGAAUGUUGUGACAGAGACCUUCACUCUGGUGUGUAUGGUGGUUCAGUACAUGAGGCCAUGACAGAUCUCAUUGCUCUAAUGGGUUGUCUUGUAGACAAGAAAGGGAAAAUCCUCAUCCCAGGUGUUAAUGAAGCAGUGGCGCCUGUUACUGAUGAGGAGCUGGAAUCAUAUGACCAGAUUGAUUUUGACCUGACAGAAUAUGCAAAAGAUGUAGGAGCAACAAGACUCCUGCAUGAUACAAAGAGAGAUAUCCUUAUGCAUAGGUGGAGGUACCCUUCAUUGUCUCUCCACGGAAUUGAAGGAGCCUUCUCAGCCUCUGGAGCCAAGACUGUGGUUCCUAGGAAAGUGAUUGGCAAGUUCUCAAUCAGGCUUGUGCCAAACAUGACUCCUGAAGAAGUCACAAAGCAUGUUGAAGACUACUUGAACAAAAAGUUUGCGGAGCUGCAGAGUCCCAACAAAUUCAAAGUGUACUUAGGCCAUGGUGGAAAACCCUGGGUGUCAGACUUCAACCAUCCCCACUACAUGGCUGGUAGGAGGGCCGUGAAGACAGUUUUUGGAGUUGAACCAGACCUGACAAGGGAGGGAGGAAGCAUUCCUGUUACCCUUACUUUUCAAGAAGCAACAGGCAAGAAUGUCAUGCUGCUUCCUGUUGGAGCUGCAGAUGAUGGUGCCCACUCUCAAAAUGAGAAGCUAAAUAGGUACAACUACAUCCAGGGGGUGAAGAUGCUUGGUGCAUAUCUCUAUGAGGUUUCCCAGCUGAAGGACUAAAUUAAACACCCUACCUUAUGGUUUAUGGAUCAGAAGUGUGAAUUUUCUUACAAAAUGUCAUCAGUCACCAAACUUACAUGGCUCCCCUUUUCCAUGAACACUCUACCACCACUGCUUUGGUGGAGGAGAGGGAAACAUGCAGUUCCAUUUGACGAACAUGUAUACCAAAAAUACUUCUUUAAAUGCUUACUUUAAAUUACAAGACUAUUCCUUGUCUGGUCAGCAGUCCUGAGCUGCAUCUGGGUCUCCUCUGUAUCACUUCAGUUUGCUAUAUUCAUCUACUUUUCCUGUAAAGGAAGAGGAAUGGUUUGUUCUCAACAGUUUAAGCAGCCAUAGCAGUUGUAGAACUGCCAGCUAAAUUUAAGGUUCUUGUUCCUGGGUAUGUCCUGGAAGUAAGUAGUCAGUGACAGAUAAUGGGGCUACAUUGGAAUGUGUUCAAACCUGUCUUUGCUAACUGAGUGAUUUGGAAGAGCACUUUGUCUCUUGCAGUUUGUCUCUGCCUGUCUGCAGCUUUCAAUUGACAGUGAAUCAGGGUAUAACAAAUUUCACUGUGGUAACAACUGCUGGCUGUUUUUGUAAAGCUGCCUUUGUAUUACCAAAAUAGGAUAAUAAAUAAUCAUGCUAUAGUUUGGCUCUUGGUCUCUCUAAAGAUUAAAUAAUGACUUGGGAGGGGAAAGCAGCUUACAGAACUUGGGAGGGAUACUUCUGUGACUAUAGAGGCAGAUGAGCAACAUGGCUGCACAGACCUGGGAAUAUCCUGGGAAUCCAAGUGUUUAUUCCUAGGCUCUGGCUCUAUUUACAGCUUGUUGACUUGAAGCAGAUGUUGCAAAAUUCUGUUCUGAGAGAAAGCAAGCUCAAAAUGUUUAAUUUUGGUUCUGUAAGACAGAUCAUCACACUGUAGCACAGCUGAUGAUCCUGCAAGGGAGUGGGUGGGAUUUGUGAUCUCUCCCUGCUUAUGCCUAAUUGUUGCAACUACUAAGGUACAACUUCAAGCUGUCUUCUGGAUACAUUAAACUCCAACACCUGUUAUUAUGUCAAAAGACCAAACCCUCUUAAAUGUGUGUUAAUCUAAACUAGAUUGGGAUCACUGUUUCUGAAUUACCUGACCAGCACUAGCAACCUAAACUAGGUAAGUAUUUCAAAUGAUGAUGCUUUGCUCUGAGAGUAUGGUGCAUUCUAUAUCCUGACAUAGGUGAACAGCAUGUCAUGCUUUCCUCCCUUGAGGGGCAGAAGGCAGGAGAGUCUUCUCUGCCUGGUUUUCACUGUUGCUUGAUCUGGAGACUUAAUAGUGUUGGGAUAGGGAGUCUUCUGGUCUCCUUGAAGCUUCUGAAGUGUCUCUGUCUAAUUUUGUUCUUUUUGGUUUGUCACUGGAGUUAAUGGCUGGAGAUAAUCUGGUACCAUUAAACUCUGCAGAUGCA